GAACGUUUAGCCAGAGAGAUGGUUUUCCUAGAGAGGCUCUGAAGUGCAUGCGGCUCGGUUCUUGGGCGCGCGCUUCUUUCUGUUCCUCCUCUUCGGUCCUUUCUGCCCCCUGAAAGAUAAAGGCAGGUGGCAAGAACAGCCCCCCCCCACCUCCCCGAGAGCUGUUGGCCUAUUCCUGAGCCAGGAGACUUUAUGGGAACAAGACGCUUUUGUCCCAACCCCAACCUUGUUCUUGUCCACUAGCUGAGGAGGUUUCUUAGCUGGGAAGAAAAAUGGAUGAUGAACCAGAGAGAGCCAAACGGUGGGAAGGGGGAUAUGAAAGAACUUGGGAAGUUCUUAAAGAAGAUGAAUCUGGAUCAUUGAAAGCCAGCAUAGAGGAUAUUCUUUAUAAGGCCAAAAGAAAAAGAAUCUUUGAGCAUCAUGGACAAGUUCGACUUGGGAUGAUGCGUCACCUGUAUGUAGUGGUUGAUGGAUCAAGAACAAUGGAAGACCAAGAUUUAAAACCUACCAGGCUAACUUGUACCCUAAAGUUACUGGAAUAUUUUGUUGAAGAAUAUUUUGACCAAAAUCCGAUUAGUCAGGUUGGCAUUAUUGUGACUAAGGGCAAAAGAGCUGAAAAACUUACCGAGCUUUCAGGGAAUCCAAGAAAACACACAGCUGCUUUGAAAAAAGCUGUAGAUAUGUCUUGUCUAGGAGAGCCAUCUUUAUAUAAUGCCUUAAAUUUGGCCGCACAAACAUUAAAGCAUAUGCCAGGGCAUACAAGCAGAGAAGUCUUAGUAAUAUUCAGCAGUCUGACAACAUGUGAUCCUUCCAAUAUUUAUGAUCUAAUUAAGAGUUUAAAGGCACUUAAGAUCAGAGUGUCUAUUAUUGGCCUUUCAGCUGAAGUUCGAGUUUGCACUGUACUUGCCCGGGAAACUGGUGGAACCUAUCAUGUCAUUUUAGAUGAAAGCCAUUAUAGGGAACUUCUGAUGCACCACGUCAGUCCACCACCAGCUAGUUCAAGUUCUGAAAGCUCACUUAUUCGUAUGGGCUUUCCUCAGCACACCAUUGCAUCUUUGACUGAUCAGGACGCAAAGCCAUCUUUUAGCAUGGUGCAGCUAGAAAACAGCAAUGAUCCAGGUCUUACCCUGGGAGGAUAUUUCUGCCCCCAAUGUAGAGCCAAAUACUGUGAGCUUCCUGUGGAGUGCAAAGUUUGUGGUCUUACGCUAGUAUCUGCACCCCAUCUGGCUCGAUCUUACCAUCACCUUUUUCCUUUGGAUGCCUUUCAGGAAGUCCCACUGGAACAGUAUAUAGGAGAACGCUAUUGCCAAGGAUGCCAAGGAGAAAUUACAGAUCAGCAUGUCUAUAUAUGUAAAGUCUGCCAGUGUGCGUUUUGUGUAGAAUGUGAUAUUUUUGCUCAUGAUACUCUGCACUGCUGUCCGGGUUGCAUUCACAAGCAUCCUGCCCCUCCCCGUGUGUGAUGCUACCUAAUGAUCAACAAUGUUGGUUGCUUUUCUGUGAGUAAAAAAUUCAACUUGACUCUUCAGCAAAAUAGCUUAAGAUGAGGAAGAGCAGCUUACUAAAUGCUUAUGUAAAUACUGUAUUACUAUUUUCACACCGAGUUUGAAUAUACAUGUGUGUACAGCUAUUUGUAUGUGGAACUAGUUAUUGAAACUUUUUCUUCUUCUGAACUAAUCUGAAUAGUGUGCACGUUUGUACCUCUGAAACUUGAAAUGGAUAUGUGUCCUAAAUUAAUGGCUCUUGCGUUCAUUUUAAAUAAUAAUCAGCACAAUAGGCUACAAGCCACAAAGCACAGUCAUGGAGAAGCAAGUUUAAUGUAAGUCAUUAGGACUUAAAAUCUAGGAUGCAAAAUCCCUAGUGUGAUGGUCACUCUGGACCAUCUCAUCAUAAGAGCUGCUUCUCUGUGUUGGCAAAGGUUGAGAGUGAUUUCAGGCAAUCUCCGUUUCAAUAAACAGUGUUAGUGUGCUGCGUCUUUUGUUUUUACUAUAAUAAUGAUUACAGAUGGAAGAGUCGUUUUAAGUUCAAUUGCACUUCAGCUUCUGCAGGCAAGAGAUAGAACACACAAAGUUAAAAAAAAGAAGAAAAAGGUAAAGGACAGUUAAGUCCAGUCAAAGGCGACUACGGGGUGCACUCUUUAGUAGAAGACAUCUAUAAAGCACCUAUAAAGCACCUGAAAAGAUGGUAGAGGGAAGUGCUAUGAUCUAAAUCAGCGUUUCUCAACCGCUGUUCCGCGGCACAGUACUGUGCCGCCCGACGCUGGCUGGUGUGCCGCGACGCCUGGCGGCCGCCAAUCUUUCACAGGGCAUUCCUCCCUGCAGGGAAAGAAAACAGGAGCAGCGUACUCGCAUGUAAGCGGCUGCCGCUUGCUUUCCAUGCAGGAAGAGGGGAUGCACGGGGCUUUUCUCCCUCACGGAGCUUUCUUCCCUCCUCCCUCGCGGAGCUUUCCAGCUUGCCUCCCUCCUCCCUCCGUGCAGGGAAAUAAAGCGGCACCCGUUUACGUGCGUGUAAGCAACUGCCGCUUUAUUUCCCUGCAGCUUCUUUCUUUCUCUCCCCACCCCCACUCGCCUCGGUGCCUGGAACAAUAGAGUGUGAGUGGAGCCGGCUCUGGGCUGCGCUCCCUCCCCUUCUCCCUCUCUCCACCUCUCCUCCCCUCCCUCCGAAUAAAAUCUACCUUAGCAUGCCUGCAAGUAAGUGCAUUUAAACAUCUGUGCAUUUAAGCACUGUUGUCUCUCUUUUGGCUUCAUUUACUGGUAUUUAAAAAGCGGGGAGAGGAAGAGAUACAGAAUAAAUUACAGUCAUAAUUAUAUAGUCAAUAUAGGGCGGCACAGAGUUAAUUUUUUAAAACUUUUUUCAUGGUGGUGUGCCUCGUGAUUUUUUUCAUGGAACAAGUGUGCCGUGGCCCAAAAAAGGUUGAGAAACACUGAUCUAAAUCAGUAGGACUAUGAAAUGAAUUUUUAAAAAAUUAUCUUAGAUGCAUCCUUUAAGAAGAAAUCAGGCACAUGACCAUGGACCAAAGGAAUGGCUGACACCUCUUUUGUCUUGCUGCCAUGGGAUUUUGAAGGGGAGAACUUAACUUUCUCAUAUGUCAGAUCCCUGACUUUUGCGUUCCACUUGCUCCAUUAGGUAUACUCCUUUCUUUUCAGUAUGUGUCUGGCAAACUGCUGCUCUCACUCUCUAAGCUCUGGGUAGUUAGGGACUCUUUUACUCUUCAAAACUAAGGUGGGUAACCAUAUUAAAUUGUAUUUGCUGCCUGCAUAGUUGUAACAUUGUUCUCUAAAGCUUCCCACUUGUACUGCUCAUCUUUCAUUUCUGAAUAAUAGACCAAUCAUUUUUACUUCUAUGUUGUGGCAGGCCCUUUAUUAGACAUACAUGUAUACAUGCCUCUUUAAUAAACUCAUGUUCUGACCCCGCUCAAGUUUCCAUUCCUCUCAGGGUACCGUAUAUGUUGGGUUCACAUAUGCAGUGGACAUGCCUGUGGCUUCAGCCAUACCCCUUGUAACAACCUGCAACUCCAGUGGCAGAGCUGCAUCUCAGAGGCCACACCAGACUGAACCUGCUACUACAGGGAAAGUGCAACCCCAUUUAGAGCAGGCAGCUUUGUGACGUUCUCCCAGAGAGCUCUCAUCUUGCCAGGUUUCAGACUCAGCUUAUAAGUUUACAUUGAGCCUACCACUACAUCUAGACACCAGUCCAGGACCUUCUCAAGCAUUCCCAAUUCUGAGGUUACAUAGAAACCAAGUUGCUUAUCAUCAGUGUACUAGUGACACCUCACUCCAAAUCUCAUUACCACUCCCAGCUGCUUCACAUAGGUGUUAGAUAGCACAGGAGACAGUAUGGCAUCUUGCAACAACCUGUAGUUCAGCCAGAAGGCUGAGAAACACCCAAUGCUCUUGAACCGUCUUGAGAUAAGACUAGAACCAUUGCAGAAUGGUGCCCGUUACCCAUCUCCUGUAGGAUGGUCCAGGAGGAUUGCAUUGUCAAUGGCAUCAAAAGCUGAUGAGAGAUUGAGCAGGAACAGCAAAAUUGAUCUCACCCUUCUCCCAAUCAAAGUAAUCCAUCAGGGUAACCGAGGCUGAUCAAGUCCUGAACCGUAAUUGGAAUUGAUGUAGAUAAUCAGUUUACCUAAAGAAUGACUGCAGCUGCACUGCCAUGACCUUGUCCCAAAGGAAGGCAUUUGUGAUUGGGUGGUAGUUAUUAAAUGCCACUGGGUUUAGGUUAUUUCCCUAGGGGUGGCUGCACUACUGUAUCCUUCAAAGAGGAAGGCCACACCUCCUUGUACAAGGACACAUUUACCAGCUAAACGUUAUUAAUGAAUUAAUGUUUAAUUGUCAAAAGUAAGUUUCAAAGUGGUUUACAAAGUACACAAAUUCUGAAAUACGAAUAUUUGUAAUUUAAAAUAACAAUAAGAAUCUCCCUUUAAAAUAACAGAAACUAAAACAGGAGGCUCACAGAAGUUGCCUUACACUGAG